AUGAGGAUGUUUGCUUGGAACUUGGCUGACUUCUGUGUCGUCGAUGGGCCGAUCGCCGAAGCGCGUGACUACCUAGUGAAAAUGAUGGAGGUUUUCGACUACGUGUCCCCGGAAGAGCUGAUUGAAAGUGUGGACUCCUGUUCGGGUGGUGAUCCAGCAGAAGACAUAGAGAUUAUCGAUGUUUCUGAUUAA